AUCAAAACAACUUUGAAGCCCUGCUUUCUGUGUGGGUGUGGGUGGGUGUGUGACCCUUGGCUUGUUGAAGGGACAUCAACAAGGAAUUAACCAGGCUUUCUCCCCGAGAAAUCGCCCAGGCAAAACCUCUGUUUUACUUACUCAGACGACGCUGGUGCAGCUUCAGGUUGGACAGACUAUUUUGGGGACCCUUGACUGCUUUCUGGACACCCUCACUGAGCCAAGUGGAGGAAGUGAAUGAUGAGUGAUUUUGAAGAAUGGAUUUCUGGGACAUACAGAAAAGUGGAAGAAGGUCCCCUUCCUCUGUUGACUUUUGCUACAACUCCUUACCAUGAUCAGAAACCAGGAACGAGUGGAUUACGGAAGAAAACCUAUUAUUUCGAGGAAAAGCCAUGCUAUCUGGAGAAUUUCAUCCAGAGUAUAUUCUUUUCCAUAGACUUAAAAGAUCGCCAGGGAUCAUCACUGGUGGUUGGUGGAGAUGGGCGGUAUUUUAAUAAGUCAGCAGUAGAAACAAUAGUGCAGUUGGCGGCCGCCAAUGGGAUUGGUCGCUUGGUUAUUGGACAGAAUGGGAUCCUCUCCACCCCUGCUGUGUCCUGCAUCAUUAGAAAAAUCAAAGCCAUUGGUGGGAUCAUUCUGACUGCCAGCCACAACCCAGGAGGGCCCAAUGGAGAUUUUGGAAUCAAAUUCAACAUUUCUAAUGGAGGUCCUGCUCCAGAAGCAAUAACUGAUAAAAUUUUCCAAAUCAGCAAGACAAUCGAAGAAUAUGCAAUCUGCCCUGACCUGAAAGUCGACCUUAGCGUUCUGGGAAAGCAGCAGUUUGACCUGGAGAACAAGUUCAAACCCUUCACAGUGGAAAUCGUGGAUUCAGUGGAAGCUUAUGCCUCAAUGUUGAGAAACAUCUUUGAUUUCAAUGCACUGAAAGUACUACUCUCUGGUCCAAAUCGACUCAAGAUCCGCAUAGAUGCCAUGCAUGGAGUUGUGGGACCGUACGUAAAGAAGAUCCUCUGUGAAGAACUCGGUGCCCCCGCCAACUCGGCAGUCAACUGCGUUCCCCUGGAGGACUUUGGAGGCCACCACCCUGACCCCAACCUCACCUACGCAGCUGACCUGGUGGAGACCAUGAAGUCAGGAGAGCAUGAUUUUGGGGCCGCCUUUGAUGGAGAUGGGGAUCGAAACAUGAUUCUGGGCAAGCAUGGGUUCUUUGUGAACCCUUCAGACUCUGUGGCCGUCAUUGCUGCCAACAUCUUCAGCAUUCCGUAUUUCCAGCAAACCGGGGUCCGCGGCUUUGCACGCAGCAUGCCCACGAGUGGUGCUCUGGACCGGGUGGCUAAUGCUACAAAGAUUGCUUUGUAUGAGACUCCAACUGGCUGGAAGUUUUUUGGGAAUUUGAUGGAUGCAAGCAAACUGUCCCUUUGUGGGGAAGAGAGCUUCGGGACCGGUUCUGACCACAUCCGUGAGAAGGAUGGCCUGUGGGCUGUCCUCGCCUGGCUCUCCAUCCUGGCCACUCGCAAGCAGAGUGUGGAGGACAUUCUCAGAGAUCACUGGCAAAAAUACGGCCGGAAUUUCUUCACCAGGUACGAUUACGAGGAGGUAGAAGCUGAAGGUGCAAACAAGAUGAUGAAGGGCUUGGAGGCCCUGAUGUUUGAUCGCUCCUUUGUGGGGAGACAGUUCUCAGUGAGCGACAAAGUUUACACUGUGGAGAAGGCUGAUAGCUUUGAAUACAGUGAUCCGGUGGAUGGAAGCAUUUCAAGAAAUCAGGGCUUGCGCAUCAUUUUUGCAGAUGGCUCUCGCAUCAUCUUCCGCCUGAGCGGCACCGGGAGCGCAGGCGCCACCAUCCGGCUGUACAUCGAUAGCUAUGAGAAGGACGUCGCCAAGACCAACCAGGACCCCCAGGUCAUGCUGGCGCCCCUUAUUUCCAUUGCUCUGAAGGUGUCCCAGCUCCAGGAAAGGACGGGCCGCACGGCACCCACCGUCAUCACCUAAGAAGACUGGCCAGAUGCGGGACGUCCCUCCGCCCAGGUCCCUCCGAGUCAUCGACUGAAGAGCGUGGACAGAAACAGUAUAUUCGCCAGGCUUCUAGGACUUAAUUUUUCCACUAACCAGUUGACGAACGGGGCAUUUGCGAGGCACUGCCAUUCGGGGUGCCCUUGGGAGCUCUGUGCAAAGGAGGGAAAGAGCACCUGGGGCUUAUCCUCCUCUCAGUUCCUUCCCAUGCCCUUCUGCACUGCUCUGCGUUUUGUCUCCUUAGCAUCAGGCCCUGUUUACAAGGCGAGGUGGAGGCCGAGCAUCUGCGCGUGAGGCCUCUUUCAUCUUUAGGAUGCCCCGGGGAAAUGACGCGCAGGUUUCUUUCUCCUGGUGAAUCUUCCCCCCAUCUGCUGUUUACAUGUGACCCGACAAAAUGCCAUCUCUGGUGCCUUCUGUCCAAUCAGCUCUUGCCUCAGAGUGAGACGUACUUGUUUUGCAACUUAGUCCCAUUCACAGAUACUUUGGGAUAUUAAAGCAAGAUAAGCUACUA